CCAUAUCUAUCCUGAAGUCCGAACUAUAAUUUCCCUCUCUUCCCUCGUUUUCUGCUCUCCGCUUUUUUAACCCUCGCUCUCCGCCUCCAGGCCCCCCCCAAACUCCCAGAUCCCAAAUCCGCCCAAACCCUAGCCUCCGCCGCUCCUCCUGCUGCCGAUUCCCGCUGGCGAGCCCCCCGGCUCCACGAUCGCCCCCGAUCCGCCGCGCCCUUCUGACCUCCCCUUGAAUCGAGGGUUUUGGCCUAGGAUUUCGCCUCCGCCACCGAUCGUUCGGUGCUGUACUGCGAGAUCGACGUCCGUUUCGCUGGAUUUCGGCGCCGAUUUCGUCCCCCGGGGCGGGCGUGAUGACUGGAGGCCGAGCGUUGGGGAACCGGUCGGCGCAGCAGCAGGCGGGGCAGAUCUUCCAGCCGCUGAAGCGCCACCUGCCAUUCCCCUCGGUGAGGCCGCCGUUCGUCGCACCCGAUGAGUACCACCGGUUCUCCGCCGCCGACUGCCGCCCGAUCGCCGACGAUGUCGCCGAUGCCCUAGUUGUUAAGACACCCUUGAAGAGAAAGCCUGACCAAGAAGACAAUGAAGCUGCUGAAUCAAGUGAGUGGACAACCAGCCCUGGAUAUGCUGAGGCAGUUACCAGUCCUCUCCUCACACCUGUAUCAGGAAAAGGAGGUAGGACCUAUGGCAGGUCCAAGGCUGCGAAGAACAGUAAAUCUGGACCUCAGACCCCCAUGUCAAAUGCUUGUUCCCCAUCUGGCAAUCCUCUCACUCCAGUGGGUACCUGCCGUUAUGACAGCUCUCUAGGACUCCUAACAAAAAAGUUUAUCAAUUUACUCAAGCAUGCACAGGAUGGCAUCCUUGAUUUGAAUAAAGCUGCAGAAACAUUGGAGGUCCAAAAGAGAAGGAUAUAUGACAUUACAAAUGUCCUUGAAGGGAUUGGACUGAUAGAGAAGAAACUUAAGAACAGAAUCCGUUGGAAGGGAGUAGAUGACUUGAGGCCAGGAGAGCUUGAUGAUGAUGUUUCAAAUUUACAGGCAGAAGUUGAAAAUCUGAGCUUGCAGGAGCGCAGCCUGGAUGAGCGAAUAAGUGAAAUGCGAGAAAGACUAAGAGAGCUUACAGAGGAUGAAAAUAAUCAAAAGUGGCUUUAUGUGACUGAAGAUGACAUCAAAGGCGUGCCCUGCUUUCAGAAUGAAACCUUGAUAGCAAUUAAAGCCCCUCAUGGUACCACCCUGGAAGUUCCAGAUCCCGACGAGGCUGGUGAAUACCCCCAUAGGAGAUACAGAAUUGUCCUAAGAAGUACCAUGGGUCCAAUAGAUGUUUACCUUGUUAGUCAAUUUGAGGAGAAGUUUGAGGAGAUGAGUGGUGUUGAGACACCCCCAAGGAUCCCACCUACAUCACAUUCGGCAUUUGUUGAGAACUCUACAGUGGAAGUGGUUACAGAAGAGAGCAGGGGGAAGGAAAUGGCACCUAAUGUUCAAGACAAUCAAAGGAUGAGUUCUGAUCCAAAUGCCUCACAAGAUUUUGUUGGUGGGAUGAUGAAGAUUGUUCCUUCAGAUGUUGAUACUGAUGCUGACUACUGGCUUCUAUCUGACGCUGGAGUUAGCAUUACAGAUAUGUGGAAGACAGCACCUGAGGUUCAGUGGGACGCAAUGGGCAAGUUUAAUCCAGAGGAUUUCAUUUCUAGCAACGUUAGCACUCCUCAGCCAGAAACUCCACCAUCUGGUGUUAUCAAUGUCCCUUCCAAUACAAACUCCACUCAGGGAUGAAUAUGAAAUCAAGCAAGUAAAAUUCAGAAACUCAGGUCGGUACCUUUUUCCACUGAGGCAAUCAUGUUCAAGGUCACUGAAAUGACCUUCUAGCUGGGAAUUUCGAUAAAAAAUAGACCUUCUGGCUGGGAAUUAUCAUCAUUCUGGGCGGCCAACCUAGUGUUUCGCAGGAGAGGUUGUUGCAAGAGAAAGCUGUCAGUUGCCUUAAAAGAACAGCUACCGUCCAUAUGUACAGUUGAGUAACAUGUCUUAUUACAUAGGCCAGGCAUGAAUCCUAGUCUUCCCCUUUCUAAAUCCUUUGUCAUGCCCCAACAUAUCAAUCGUUCUCAUAGCCACAGGUUCGGAUGAAGCAGACAUGAGAAUUAUGUUUAAUUUCUCCCAUGUAUGUACUUUAUUAUAUUUCCUACAUGUACAAGAUGCUAUGCAUUUUUUUUUCCCAGUUAUAACUCCUCAAGAUAAAAGUUUGGGCAGCCCUUCUGUUU